AUGUCUCACCCACCAGGGCCUUCACCAUCCCCAUUUUGUAGAGCAUCUUCGAAUCUCCCUAAAAACAAUUUGAGGGAACAUGUAUUGUGUGAUGUGGAUUGUGGAAAGGAGUCCGUCUUAUGUGAAUACAGCAGAGAUGCUAACUCCUAUAGGUCACCUUGGUCAAAUAAAUACCAUCCACCAUUGGAAGAUGGAUUUUACCCUUCUCUGGAGUUGAGAAAACUUGAGAUUGAAGCAAAUGAAGUCUUUGCAAUUUAUCGUGACCAGUAUUAUGAAGGUGGCAUUUCAUCAGUGUAUUUGUGGGAAGAUGCGAAUGAAGUUUUUGUAGCUUGCUUCUUGAGAAAGAAAGAUGGCUCAAAGUCAGGGCAUGGAAGGAGAGGUUAUCUGCAUGAGGGAAUAUGGGAUGCUAUACAUGUUAUUGAGGUAGGUCCAGAGGAUGAAGAAAUGACUCGUUACUGUUUAACAAGUAUUGUCAUGUUGUCAUUGACUACAAAUAAUGACUCGUCUGGCACAUUCAAUCUGUCAGGAUCAAUUAGAAGACAUGUAAUUCUUACUGAUUUAAAUUGUGUUUUAUAUUGUUGAGUUCAAACCAGUAU